CAGCUUUGUUAUUGAAAAGACUGCAGUGGCUCAUCGACGCUUUUGUGGUAGGCUGCGCAGGUGAAGAGCCAUACAGCAGUCUUUUGUUAUCCAAGAUUAGUGUUGCAUGGCAAAAAUUCUGGAAACGCCACAAUACAGCUCACAUUAAACGAACGUAAUAUAACAGGUGACCGUGUGUUGAAUAUUUGGAUAAUUUCACCUGAACAAAUCAUGCCUGUUCAUUGUACGAGCUUGGUCAACGACGGCGGUUUCCCCCCAUCGCCUACUGAUGAUGGCACCUCAAAGCGUCUCUCCUGGGGGAAAUUGGUGCAAAAAUUUACGGAGUUCAGCGGGGCGAGCUUAAAUCAGAGCGUUGACUCUGACUGUGAUAGUUGCAGCCGGAGUGAUUGUUCAGAUUCUGGGUCCGACCUGAUGUCUGAUGUGUCCACAUGCGAUUCCGAUGUGUUCUACGACCCCAUGGAAGAGACACUAUGUGAGGAGGUGGUGGAGCUCAUUUCACGCAGUCUGUCCGAAGCAAAGGACGGGCCCUUAAGAUGUUCCAAACUCCUCAUCCCGCACCAGCUCUUGGAGCACAUCGGCCAGGAACUUCGUCACCUAGCAGCGAGUGAGCCGUGCGGCCUGCGGGGGGCACUGAUCGACCUGUGUGUGGAGCAGGAUGACGUCUGUCGGAGCGUAGAGCAAAUAGCCGUGGACCCGUAUCUCGUUCCCACCUUCCAGCUUACGCUCGUACUUAGGCUGGAAUCUGAAGGACUGUGGCCCAAGAUCCAGGGCCUCUUUGCCCCGCGGGCGCACGAUGCGCCAACUGUGAAACAUGCCCUGAAACUUAGUACUGGAUUCAGAGUGAUCAAAAAGAAACUCUAUAGCUCCGAAGAGCUGCUCAUUGAAGAAUGUUGAUGCCCAAUGUUGUUGCCAGGGAACUUAACCACAGCCAUGUGGCAGUAGAAGAGUUAGUAUGACUGAUGCUUAUUGCCUUGGAUAGCUUAUGGAUAUUGCUCAUCUGGGCAUGAGCUCAAUGUGCUGUUUGUAACGAUAGUCCAGCGGGCUAUUGAGUAAUUUUUUUACUGCUGUUCUGUUCUUGUUGGAUCAAAGUGUUUGUGAAAUGGGCCUGUUGCAUUUCCAUGUCCAUGAUCACUGGAUGGGUUUCCGUAGGUGCUCCAAGACCUAGGGUAUCUGUUUUUUGUCUCCACUUCUGAUUUUAUAGGUUCAUGAAAAAUAAGUAUGUUUAUUGAUAAGCAUUAAAUGAGAUUCACAGAUAAGCAGCACUCUUGGUACUGCAGUAGAUUCUGCACUUCUGCAAACAGUUGUAAAAGGCUGAGAGCAAUGUAAAUGGUGCUUUUUCAUCUUUUGAUCGGAUACCUCAGUUUCCAUGGAAACCCAAUUAUGGCAGCUAGCCUUGGUAAUGUAGCCGUAUUUGAACCAUUAUGAAAGUUUCCAUUUUUAAUUUACUCCAUUUGACACUUUUUAUAUUGUAUGGGAACAGUUUAUACUAUGGCUUCCAAUGGGCAUGUUUUGUGAAUGAGACCAUAAUGUUCAAAGUUACUUGCAUCCAGUUAAUGGGCCAGUCGGUCUUUACCAGAGGUCCCCAGUUGUUACUGUUAGUUUUUCUUCUGUUUAACUUUCACUUGUGCCUCUUAAUUUAUUUGAUAUUCAAAUAUUCAUAUUGCACUGUUUUUGUACUUUCAUUAAAGUAAUAAAAUGCGCAAUAAACUUAUUUUUUUCAGAA